GCGUGCACGUGGCGCGUGUAAUUUGUUUUGGUUGCGUCUUAAACCUGGCAGCCCCCGCGGAGCGUCAGUCAUCCCGCAGAGAGCAGAGGCUACACAUCUGAGCUGGGCUCCGUCUAAUUCCUGCUCAACUCGGACUCGACAAGUGCCAUGGCAGAGCGGGUUCUGGUGGUUGGAGGCGGUGGACGAGAGCAUGCGUUGGCCUGGAAGCUGGCUCAGUCGCCACAGGUUCAACAAGUCCUGGUGGCUCCGGGUAACGCCGGCACGGCCGACUGCGGCAAGAUCAAAAACUCUGAGGUUUCUGUCAGUAACCACUCCAUUCUUGCUCAGUUCUGCAAAGAUCACCAUGUGGGGUUGGUUGUUGUCGGACCUGAAGCUCCGCUGGCGGCAGGGAUUGUGGACGACCUGACGGCUGCAGGAGUGCCGUGUUUCGGACCCACAGCCAAGGCGGCUCAGUUGGAGGCCAGUAAGAGCUUCGCCAAGGCCUUCAUGGAGCGUCACAGCAUCCCCACGGCUCGCUACGGCUCCUUCACCGACCCAGAGGAAGCCUGCAGAUACAUCUGCAGAGCUGACUUUCCAGCUCUGGUAGUGAAGGCCAGCGGUUUAGCAGCGGGGAAGGGGGUCAUCGUGGCGAGAGAUCAGAAUGAGGCCUGUCAGGCUGUGAUGGACAUGAUGAAGGACAGAGCUUUUGGAUCUGCAGGAGAGACGGUGGUGGUAGAGGAGCUUCUGGAGGGAGAGGAGGUUUCGUGUUUGUGUUUCAGUGACGGCACCUCUGUGUCACUGAUGCCUCCAGCUCAGGAUCACAAACGGCUUCAGGAUGGGGACCAGGGACCAAACACUGGUGGUAUGGGAGCCUACUGUCCAACCCCUCAGGUGAGCCCGGGGCUGCUGCAACAUAUCAGAGAAACGGUUCUGCAGAAAACUGUGGACGGGAUGAAGGAGGAAGGAACUCCUUAUGUGGGUGUGCUGUACGCAGGGUUGAUGCUGACAAAGCAGGGUCCAAAGGUCCUGGAGUUCAACUGUCGCUUAGGAGAUCCAGAAAGUCAGGUGCUGCUGCCAUUGCUGAAGAGUGACCUGUAUGAGGUGAUUGUGAACACUAUGGAAGGAAAACUGUCCUCCUGCGCCCCCGUGUGGCAGCAGGACAGCUUUGCAGUCACUGUGGUCAUGGCCAGUGCCGGCUACCCCGGCUCUUACAAGAAAGGAGUCGAGAUCACGGGCCUGUCCCUGGUCCAGGACAUGGGACUGCAGGUUUUCCACGCCGGCACUACCUUGAAGGAUGGAAGUGUGGUUUCCAGCGGCGGCCGCGUUCUGACAGUGACGGCGGUAAAGUCAUCCCUGGAGACUGCACUGCAGGCGGCCAACCAGGGAGUAGCAGCCAUCGGCUUCCCAGGUGCCGUGUACCGACGGGACAUCGGCCACUGGGCCAUCGCUCACCUGAACCAGAGCAGACGUCUGACGUAUAAGGACAGUGGAGUGGACAUCGCUGCUGGUAACAAGCUGGUGGACAUGAUCAAACCUCUGGCCAAAGCAACGUCUCGUCUCGGCUGUAACUCUGAACUUGGAGGCUUUGCUGGACUGUUUGAUCUGAAGGCAGCAGGGUUUGUUGACCCAAUCCUGGUUUCUGGGACAGACGGUGUUGGGACCAAGCUUAAGAUUGCCCAGGCAUGCGGGCAGCAUGGCAGCCUCGGUCAGGAUCUGGUGGCCAUGUGUGUGAACGAUGUGUUGGCCCAGGGCGCCGAGCCACUCUUCUUCCUCGACUACUUCUCCUGCGGGAGUCUUGACGUCAACGUGGCUGCCUCGGUGAUUGGCGGCGUCGCUAAAGCCUGUGAGAAGGCCGGCUGCGCUCUGCUGGGUGGGGAGACGGCGGAGAUGCCGGGCGUGUACGCUCCAGGAGAGUACGAUCUGGCUGGUUUCUGUGUCGGUGCGGUGGAGCGGGGGGCCCUACUGCCCAGGAUGAAGGACAUCACAGGGGGAGACCUGCUGAUCGGGGUGGCCUCCUCUGGGCUGCACAGCAAUGGAUUCAGUCUAGUCCGCAAAGUCCUGGAGAGGACCAACCUGAGCUACAACUCCCCUGCUUUAUUUGGGAAACCAGGACAAACUGUUGGGGAGGUUUUGCUGACUCCGACAAAACUCUACAGUCGUCUGCUCCUGCCCAUCCUGCACAGCGGUGCUAUCAAAGCCUACGCGCAUAUCACAGGAGGGGGGCUCCUGGAGAACAUCCCCCGGGUGCUGCCCCAGGAGCUGGCUGUGGAUUUAGAUGCGUCCCGGUGGAGCAUCCCUCCAGUGUUUGCUUGGAUCCAUAAAGAAGGGUGUCUGAGCGAGGAGGAGAUGUCCCGCACCUUCAACUGCGGCCUCGGUGCGGUGCUGGUGGUGGCCCCCGUUGAUGCUCAGAGGGUUCUGCGCCAGCUUCAGGUCCACGAGGAGGCCUGGAUCGUCGGUUCGCUGGCUCACAAACAACCUGGAGCAGCAUCCGUGGUGGUGCGAAAUCUACAACAAAGCCUGCUGAAUGUGGAAGCAGUAUGUAGUGGGGAGCUGGGGGCUGAAAAUCCUGGUUGCCAUGGAGAUGGUACCACACCACGCAAGAGGAAAAGAGUUGGGGUUCUUAUCUCUGGCACAGGCACAAACUUGCAGGCUCUUAUCGAGCAGGCCAAGCACCCGUCCAGCUCGUCAGAGAUUGUGGUGGUCAUCUCCAACAGACCUGGGGUUCAGGGUCUGAAGAGAGCCUCGUUGGCCGGCAUCCAGACCCGGGUGGUGGACCAUAAGCUGUAUGGAAGCCGUGCAGAGUUUGACGGCACUAUCGACCGAGUGCUGGAGGAAUUUGGAGUAGAGCUGGUCUGUUUGGCUGGAUUCAUGAGGAUUCUCACUGGGACUUUUGUCAAGAAAUGGACUGGUAAACUACUGAACAUCCAUCCAUCCCUGCUGCCCUCAUUCAGAGGUGUGAAUGCUCAGAAGCAGGCUCUGCAGGCUGGAGUUCGAGUAACCGGCUGUACCGUGCACUUUGUAGCGGAGGAAGUGGACGCAGGAGCUAUAAUUGUGCAGGAAACUGUGCCUGUAAUGAUCCGUGACACGGAGGAGAGUCUGUCAGAGAGGAUCAAGGAAGCAGAGCACAAAGCUUUCCCCACAGCUAUGGAGCUAGUAGCUGGUGGUUCUGUGUCCCUGGGUGAAAAUGGACACGUUAUCUGGAAAUUACAGAAAUGAUUGUCAUCUUAUGUUAAACUUCACUACUACAUGUAAUACUCGCGAGCCUUUUAGGCACUACGUCACAUUCAAAGUCAUGGCCAAUACCACCACAAAUUUUGUCUGAGAGGCUUUGAUAUUUUUACAUACAGUAUAAAAAAAAUGUCCUGUGUUAGACAAACAUUACUUAAAAAAACUUCAGUGUAAAUGUUUGCAUGACCAGCUACGAAUUUUUUAAGACUUUGCUGCAUGGGAGCUGUAGGUAAAGAUGGUACUGACAAUUUUACUGAACAGGCAAAAUAUUACUUUGUUUAAACAUGUUUUUAAGCUACUGCCCUAAUAACUUUUAUGCAAGUGUAUUUCCUUGGUACAAUUGAAAAUCAACUGGAAGCCUUUGUCCACACUAAAACUAGUCAUCAGCAUUGACAAAAAAAAAAAAGCUCACCAGGAAAAUGUGCUAGUUUGACUUUGAUGCUACAACUGCAGUGUAAGACCAA